CCUGUCAAUCAGAGAAGAUUAGUUGAAAAGAAUGGUGCAACUGGAAAACUAGAAGAGAUCCCCGUGGUAGGCGGGUUUAGGGGGGAAAAACAGGUAACCGGAAGCGGAGGUAUUUUGGGGCGGGGACAGGAGGAGCAGCUGGGAGGAAUCAAGCUGAAGUGAGGGCAAUUCCAACAUUCCCUGUUUCACUUGGGGAAUCCUGUGGUGCAGACCUGGGAGCGGAGGAGUCGGCGGGUGUCGCGGCGACGCGGUGGCGGCGCCGGGCGGCCUGGGAAAGUCAGCAAGCGCUGUGGCGGGAACCGCAGCCCGGCGGCCCUGGAACCUCCCAGGGCAGCAAGUCAUCUAUCUAUUCAUUAUUCCUGAAAGAGAAACUCAAAGAAGAGAAACAAACAAAAUGGCCGGUUCUCCAGUUAAUUUGUCCCAGGAUCCAUUGACAUUCAGGGAUGUGACUGUGGAAUUCUCCCAGGAAGAAUGGGAAUGCCUAGACUCUGCUCAGAGGACUUUGUACAUUGACGUGAUGUUGGAGAAUUACAGCAGCCUGCUCUCUGUGGAGAGCUAUUGCAUAUGUGAUCCUGUCUGUCAACAUGUAAAGACUGCAAAGGAGUCAUCUCAGUGUAAUGAGCUUGACCACAUGUUUCAUGACCCCUCCACAUGUGCACUUUAUAGAACAAAUGAAACUACAGAAAACUCUAAUAACUACACAUGCAGUAAUAACAGGGAUGCUUCUAUUGACCCAAAUAGACAUAAAAGCAUGCAAAUUGGAGAACAAACUUGCAAUUCUAAAGUCUGUGAGAAAUCAUUAAUUUUGUAUCCCAACAUUACUCAAGAUCAGAGACUCUACACUGCAAGAUCAGAACACAAGCAGGGAGAAUAUGAUGACUACUAUGACUCUACAUAUAGACUUUUGCAACAAAAAUUCUCCACUGGAGAGACACCACACCAGUGUGGGAAAUGUGGGAAGUACUUCAGUGCUGCUUCAAGCCUCACUGUACAUCAAAGAAUACAUACCGAAGAGAGGCCUUACAGAUGUGAAGAAUGUGACAAAUGUUUUACCCGGCCUUCAACUCUUAGAGCCCAUCAGAAAAUUCAUACUGGAGAGAAGCCUUACAAGUGUGAAAAAUGUGACAAAUCCUUUAUCCGGCAUUCAACUCUUAGAACGCAUCAAAGAAUUCAUACAGGAGAGAGGCCUUACAGUUGUAAGGAAUGUGGCAAAUCUUUCACUACAUGCUCGGACCUCAGAACACAUCAAAAAAUUCAUACUGGAGAGAAAAUUCACAAAUGCAAACACUGUGACAUGUCUUUUCUCCGAAUUUCAACUCUUAGAAGACAUCAGAGUGUUCACACUGGAGAGAAACCUCACAAAUGUCAGAAAUGUAACAAAUCCUUUAUUGACAUGUCACAUCUUAGAGCACAUCAGAGAAAUCAUACUGGAGAGAGACCUUACAGUUGUAAGGAGUGUAAAAAGUCUUUUAUGAGGCACUCCCACCUCAAAGCCCAUGAGAACAUUCAUACUAGAGAGAAACAACAAAUGCAGUGGAAUGAUGGACAAGUGGGAGGAGUUAGAGGAGUGACACCAACAGAAGCUGGGAAACUAGUGAGGGAGAGGACCCGGAAGUGGACUGAGGAGCCAAAGCCGGAAGUGCCUAAUGCUGCUUCCCUGUUGGUGCUCUGGGCCUUGCACUGUGGGAAGCUGCGUGGUCCGGAACUGGGUGAGGGAGACCCUGGCAGCCAGUGGUGUGACUGUGAACUUCUCCCAGGAGGAGAGGCAGUGCCUGAACCUGCUCAGGGAGCUUUGUUCAGAGACUUGAUGUUGCAGAAUUGCAGCAGUCUGAUUGCUGUGGGCCAACAAACCAUCUAUUCAUUGUUCCUGAAAGAGAAACUCAAAAAAGAGAAGCAAAAAGAAAUGGCUGAUUCUCCAGUAAACAGGCCCCAGGGUCCAUUGACAUUCAGGGAUGUGACUGUGGACUUCUCCCAGGAAGAGUGGGAAUGCCUAGACUCUUCUCAGAGGGCUUUGUACAUUGAUGUGAUGUUGGAGAAUUACAGCAGCCUGCUCUUUGUGGAGAACUGUUGCAUAUGUGAUCCUGUCUAUCAACAAGUGAAGGCUGAAAAGGAGUCUUCUCAGUGUAAUGACCUUGGCAAAAUGCUUCAUGACCCCUCCUCAUGUGCACUUUAUAGAACAAGUGAAACUACAGAAAACUCUAAUAACUACAGAUGCAGUAAUCACAGGGAUGCCUCUUUUGACUCAUCAAACCCAGAUAGACAUGACAGCUUGCACACUGGAGAAGAACCUUGCAAAUGUAAAGUCUGUGAGAAAUCAUUAAAUUUGUGUUCCAACAUUACUCAUGAUCAGAGAGUCUACACUGCAAGAUCAGAACACAGGCAAGGAGAAUAUGAUGACUAUUUCACCUCUGCUUACAGUCUCUUGCAACAAAAAUUCUCCACUGGAGAGACACCAUACCAAUCUAGGAAAUGUGGGAAAUACUUCAGUGCAGCCUCAAGCCUCACUGGACAUCAGAGAAUACAAACUGGAGAGAAGCCUUACAGAUGUGAAGAAUGUGACAAAUGUUUUACCCGACUUUCAACUCUUAGAGCACAUCAGAAAAUUCAUACUGGAGAGAAACUUUACAAAUGUAGGGAAUGUGAGAAAUCCUUUACCCAUAAUUCAUAUCUUAGAACGCAUCAGAGAGUCCACACUGGAGAGAGACCUUACAGCUGUAAGGAAUGUGGCAAAUGUUUUACUACAUGCUCAGACCUCAGAAAACAUCAGAAAAUUCAUACUGGAGAGAAAAUUCACAAAUGCAAAGACUGUGACAUGUCCUUUCUCCGUAUUUCGACUCUUAGAAGACAUCAAAGUGUUCACACUGGAGAGAGACCUCACAAAUGUCAGGAAUGUAAUAAAUCCUUUAUCGACAUGUCACAUCUUAGAACACAUCAGAGAAUUCAUACUGGAGAGAGACCAUAUAGUUGUAAGGAAUGUGACAAAUCUUUUACUAGGUACUCCCACCUUAAAGCCCAUCAGAACAUUCAUACUAGAGAGAAACAACAAAUACAAUGACUAGCAUACCCUAUAUCUGUCUUUCAAAUCUUAAAACACAUCAGAGAGUUGGCACUGGAGAGAAAAAUACCAUUCUCAUAAUGUGUCAUAGCAUUUUUUAGGUGUGUUCAGCCUAUAAAGCCUAACAGCAUAUAUAAUAUGCUACAGGAUAAUUUUUUGUAUACUGUGAAGAUGUGUCUUUGCCAAAGUUCCUUCUGAUUAGUUUGAUAAAGAGCUGAAUGACCAGUAGCUAGGUGGGAGAAAAUGGGCAGAACUUCUCAGGAGAGAAAGGAACUUGGAGUGAAUCUGGUGUGGCAGCAGAUGCCAAAAAGACGUGGGAGACAUCAGAUGUGCAAAAUGGAAGAGAGGUAAAGAGCCAGUUGACAAAAUGUAGGUUAAUAGAAACCUAUUACUUAGGUUAUAAGAGCUAGUUGGGAACAAACAUAAAGGUCAAGGUUUCAUAAUUUAUAAUACAUCAUUGUGCCAUUGUUUGGGUGCUGUGGGUCCAAAGAAAGUCCAACCAAAAAGACAAACUACAAUAAAUAGAAACAGCGAUAAGAAACUUGUGAAAACCUAUUCUGAAGUUUUAAAUCUUAGAAGAUAUCACCGUGUUUAUAUUUUAAAAAAUUUUGCCAUAGUAACUGUGAAUUUUUUUUCACACGUAUGGGUGCUUUGCCCAAUGUGUAAAGAGUUGUUUUGCUAAUCUUUCUCUGCACUCCAUGCUUGCCAGGUGCCUGGGAAUGCAGCAGAGGACAUAAGAUUCCACGAGGCUGGAUUUUCAGAUAGUUGUGAUCUCUUCAGUGUGUGUUAGGAAUCGAACUCCAGGGCUCUUUAAGAACUACCUUGACUCCAGCUCCUGGGAAAUGUAAUAAUAUCACUUAUCUUUACAUGUUGUGGUGCCACAUGUCUUUAAUCCUGGCAUUCAGGGGACAGUCAGGUGGAUACCUGUGAGUUCAAGGCCAGCCUAGUGUACACAGCUAGUUCCACAACAGCUAAGGCUGUUACAUAGUGAAAUCUUUUCUCAAAGAACAAAACAAAAAAAUGUUCUGAACUUAAGAAUUCAUAAUAAAGGCAGACUAUGUGGUGCAUACGUUUUCCCCCAGCACUCAGGAGGCAGAGGCUAGAAUAUUUCUAUGAGUCUGAGACCAUCCUGGUCUACAUAGUGAGAUCCAGGACUGCCAUGUAUACAUAAACCCUGUCUUGAAAAAAGUAAAAUAAAUCAAAAUAAGGACAAAAUCUAGUAACUUUAAAAAAAUACAAAUGGAAGAUGAAUAACGUCAUUAGAAAAAGAUAAAUAAAAAUGGCAAUGGGAUAUCACUUGCUACUCAAUAGAAGGGCAAUCAUAUUAAUAAACAUAAAAUAGCAAAUAUUGGUGAUAAUGCCAAGAAACUAGAAUCCUUAAACCUGAAAAAUAAAAGUGUUAUGAUAAAAAAGAUUGAAAAUCUCUUAGAAAGUAAAAUUUCAAAUUGCCACAUGACCUAGCAUUCUACUAGUACUAAGAAUGCUUCCAAGUAUUCAAAAAACAAUGGGUGUGUUAAUAUGAGUAGCAGAAUUACAACUAUUCAAAGAUGAAAAAAAUGAAAUUUUAAUAUAUGUAAUAAAAUGGAUAAAACUUGAAGAUAUGCUGAGUGAAAAUUCAGAAACAAUACAUCAUGUAUCCUGUUCUCUUUUAUAUAAAAUAUUUAUAAUAAGUGGGGUUGGAAAAUAAGUUAGUACUUGACAGAGCCUGGGAACAGAGACAAAGGAAAAUAACUGCUAGUUGGGUGUAGGGUUUUCACUGCAGGGAUGAAUGCAAUGAAAUGAGGUAGUAAUGCAUGACAUAAAUGGAAUAAAUGCUGCUGAUUUUUUUUUCAAAAAAUGUGACAAAGACCUCUAAUUGUUCAGUAUACCACAAAUUUCGUAAUUCUGAGAAAACAUGUAAAGGGAUACCAUAUAUAAUCCCCAUAUCUUCUGUUCAUUGGAAAUUUCACCCACCAAAUAAAUUGAAUUUGAUAAAUCCUU